AUGCUGAUCCACAUCCAACCUCCUGAAGCUUGCAAACCUGGAACACCAGCAGAAAACCUACCUGAAGAACAAACCCAAGUUUGCAAGGAGAUGACAAACCUUGAAACCACCUCAGCUCUCUUAAUCAUGAAUGAAACCAAAACUAGCAUUGUGACUUCAGAGAGAGAGUCUAUCUUAGCAUCAAGAGAUGAAAUUCAACAACUUCACAAGAAAACCAAACUACUAAAGAGAAUGGCAAAAUGGCAAGAAAAGUUGAAUACUCUUCAGGCCACUCAAAAGCACUCACAAAGUGAAUCUCUUGAUAUGGCCAUCUUCAACCCAACACCUGCAAAGUGGAACUUGAAUGAGCCCAUGCAAGCUAAACUGAAUGAACAGCUGGAAAUACCAGAUGAUAUUAAUGAGAUAGUAGCACUGACUAUCCAACUUCAACCAAGUGUGACAGCAGCUCUUGAAAAGAAUGCCUUGCACACAAAGUCUACUAAUUCAGUUAGAAGUGCUUGCAGAGAUAUAAAGACUGAUGACUCAAGGCCACAAACAGAUAAGAGAAAUCAAUUCCAGAGACCUGCUCAGAAGAUGGAGAAAGAUCUUACCAAGAAUCACAAAGCUUUAAGAAAAGAAGAGAAGUGCUUUGAGUGUAGUCAAAAGAGGCACCUCACAAAAGACUGUCUCAAGAAGAAGAUGAUUAGCUGGCAAUUGGCCACAAAGCUAGUGCUAGAGGUGCACAAGAUGCCUAUAGAGAUUGAAACUGCUAUAGAUUAUGAGAAUGUCAUUCUUGUGGAAGGGAUUGUGAAUAUAUUCUUUGAAGCCUGUGACUCUCAGGAAAACUGGCAGUUGUUCCAUGAACAAGUGAUGGUCACAAACAUAAAAGAUGAGAUGCUAGUGAAGCAGGGUAUAAUGGAAUGCCUUGUCAAAGUAGGCAAGUUGGUUGAGAUGGUGAGAGCACAAGAAGAAUGA